AUGACAGCGAUCGCUGUGGGAGACUGCUUUGAACAACCGUUCCGCGCCUUCAACAACAGAGAACUUGAUUUAACUGAAGGCUGCCCCUUUGGCAUCGUCUUGCGUGUGUAUACACACGAUGUGGUGAUGGUGUUUGCAACUGAGCUUGGUUGGGAUCCCGAACAAGACGGAGCUGUCACAAACGUUAUGGUCCACAAGUCACCCAGCGAGCACUUCACCGUAUCCGUGUGCCCGCUGCUUGUCUACACAAGAGACAAACGAACCCUUGCUGGGCAGCCGGUUGGACGUGUUCACGACGUUUCGAGCCUAAUUCCGCCACGACCAACUCGAAGGCUGUUGGUGCGGUCUCUGUGCUGCCCGCACGUUGACUCCAACAUCACAGACCAACGCCCAUGUGUGCAGGUCAGCCCCGUUUGCCAACGCAGCAACUUUGCGCUGUGCCUGAUGAUUACCACUGGUGCUCAAGGCGCGACCUCCGAGCAUCUCGUGAAUAUCGACGAGCUUGGUUGGGAACAACGCACCAAAGCUGUGAUCGGAUCUCUCCAUACCUACCGCCUCUUCUGCGCCUAUGUUGAUCCCUCUCAACCAGUUCUUGGUACUCUUGAUGGAGAGCUGGUAGCCGCCAGGCUUGACUGGUCGGACCGUCACACGUCCGCCGUGGAGCAUCAGCUGGUAGAACAUCACGCAGCCGCCUCCUUGCUGGCACGCGUGCGUGCUUUGAAGAAGAGCAAGGGCCGCACAGGAUAG